AUGGCGGCAUCCGACUCCGGUCAAAGCGCAGUCGCGGAGAAGGAGGGGUUGCUAGAUGGCGGACGCACUGGCUCAAUGCGCCGGAAGCCCACGAGGACCAGGGUUGUGGGCACUCUGGGGCUCCUGGGCUGUCUGUUGCUGACGGCCGUGUACCUGGUGACCGAGUAUAGUCACCUGCGCAACCAACUUCCCUGUUUCCAGAAGGUGUGCGACACUCCCCGGCAGAGGCACAAAUGCAAUACCCGUAGUGGCGGAUACCAAUGCUUUGCACCUGUCUCCCACCGCUGGGGCAUGUACUCGCCCUACUUCUCGCUUGCCUCGGAGUCCAGUCUCUCGGGCGAUGUGCCCCCGGGCUGCCAGAUCACAUUCGCCCAAGUGCUCUCCCGACAUGGCGCGCGGUAUCCCACUGAAUCUAAGAGCUACAAAUAUGCGCAGCUUGUCGCUGCCAUCCAAGCCAAUGUAUCCUCAUUUACGGGCAAGUACGCUUUUCUGCGGUCAUACAACUACUCGCUUAUCAGUGAGGACUUGACUCCCUUUGGCAAGGACCAGAUGGUAGACUCCGGUGUGGAAUUCUAUCAGCGGUAUAAGCCACUCGCCGCACAGACAAUCCCUUUCAUCCGCACAUCUGGCUCGGACCGGGUGGUACUAUCAGGCGAGAAGUUCAUCGAGGGAUUCCAGAAAGCCAAGGACCGUGACCAGAAUGCGAAUCCCCAGCAACCCUUCCCGGAAAUCAGUGUGGUGAUCCCGGAAGAAAGCGGCUUCAACAACAGUCUCGAUCACGGCUCGUGCCCGCGAUUUGAGGACAGUGAGUUGGGCGAACGGGUCGAAGACCACUGGAUUGCCAUCUUCGUGCCGCCUAUCCAGCGCCGACUGAGACAUGAUCUCCCCGGUGUUCAGCUUUCCAGAAGAGACGUGGUUCAUUUGAUGGACAUCUGCCCGUUUGACACUGUCUCGCGCACCCCCGAUGCGAGCGAGGAAUCCCCCUUCUGCGCCCUCUUCACUGACCACGAGUGGUCCCAGUACGACUACCUACAAUCUCUGUCCAAGUACUACGGCUUCGGCGGCGGCAACUUCCUAGGUCCGGCACAGGGCAUCGGUUUCGUCAAUGAGCUAAUUGCCCGUCUGACACAAUCUCCCGUCCAAGAUGACACAAGCACAAACCACACCCUCGACGCCCCCGACGCGGCCUCUUUCCCUCUGAACGCGACUCUCUAUGCAGACUUUACUCAUGACAAUGGCAUGCUCCCCAUCUUCUUCGCACUGGGUCUGUACAACAGCACCGCCCCGUUGCCUACUUCGCAUGUUGAAUCCGCUGCAGCCGCCGGCGGGUAUUCCGCUGCGUGGGCCGUGCCAUUCGGGGCUCGCGCUUACAUCGAGAUGAUGCAGUGCUCCGAUGAACAGACCCAGGAUGGCGACGAUGGUACCCCGGACGAAGAACCCUUCGUCCGCGUCCUCAUCAACAACCGCGUCGUCCCCUUGCACGGCUGUUCCGUUGACGACCUUGGCCGCUGUCGACGGGGUGACUUCGUCCGCGCACUGAGUUUCGCGAGGGAGGGUGGGAACUGGGACCAGUGUUUUGCAUAG